AAAGGAAUCAGCUGUGGUUUUAUUCAUUCAGCCUCUGUUUGCAGACUCAGUGAAGGUCCAUGUUUGAGCGGCACCAACGUUCUGCCAAUGUGACUGAUUGAUCCAGUAGAUGAACAGUAAAGAUUAAGAGGAUGACAAAUAGGCAUGCUGCUUACACAGCGCUUGGGGCUUAAUCCUCCACCCCUCCACCCCUCGGGCUCCCUUUUGAGGACCUGCUGCCGAGGUGGACACGCAGACGGCGACAUUCCCAGCAGGGAGGAUACACAGACCUGUUGAUGCUCCACAAGUGUUGGCUGAAACUCAUGACAGGGAACCUCUUCAUCUGCAUCCCAGCACAGCAGUGAAGGCAGCCCACCUUCCCAACAUUUAGGCCUUUGUUUUUUUUUUAUCUUCUAAACUCAAAAGAAGAGGGAGAAACGCUUUUUCAUUUGUAAGAUUUCCAGUGAAAAAAUAUGGAGGAUCACCUUUCGAAGAUCCCCAUGAUACCGUCAGCUUCUCCAACUGAUUCCUCAGGCAGUGGUGGGACAGAGGAGAGCCGAGGAGCCAAGAGUCCAGCUCCAGGAAAAGCCCUGAGUCCAGCUCUGGUGUGCAAAGUGUGUGGAGACACCAGCAGUGGGAAGCAUUAUGGCAUCUAUGCCUGCAACGGCUGCAGCGGCUUCUUCAAGCGCAGCGUGAGGAGAAGACUCAUCUACAGGUGCCAGGCUGGAACUGGGAUGUGUCCAGUGGACAAAGCUCAUCGGAACCAGUGCCAGGCGUGUCGGUUGAAGAAGUGCCUGCAGGCAGGCAUGAACAAAGACGCCGUGCAGAACGAGCGGCAACCUCGCAGCACAGCUCAGGUCCGUCUGGACUCCAUCGAUGUGGACCCUGAGAAGGAGCACCUGGCCACCACACGGGAGCCCACCUCCUCCUCAUCCUCCUCUUCAUCCUCCUCCUCUUCUGCCUCCAGUGGUUCUGUCAUCACAUGGCCGCACAUCACCUCCUCCAUGUCCAUCACCUCCUCUGUGGCCCCCCAGGGUUGUGUAAGCCCCCAGAACAACCACCGCUUCAUGGCCAGCCUCAUGACUGCCGAGACCUGCGCCAAGCUGGAGCCCGAGGACGUCGAUGAAAACAUUGAUGUGACGAGCAAUGAGCCAGAGAGGGCAUCCUCAGAGUACCACAUGGCUCUGUACCCGUCCAGCUCAGAGAACGUCUAUGAGACCUCAGCCAGGCUGCUUUUCAUGUCGGUGAAAUGGGCCAAGAACCUGCCUGUUUUCUCCAACCUGCCCUUCAGAGACCAGGUAAUCCUGCUGGAGGAGGCAUGGAGUGAACUCUUCCUGCUCUGCGCCAUUCAGUGGUCUCUGCCGCUGGACAGCUGCCCUCUGCUCUCCCUGCCUGACCUCUGUCCUGGCAUGCAGGGCAAAACCAGCUAUACCAGCCUAGACCUGCGCCUCCUGCAGGAGGUCUUUAGCCGCUUCAAGGCCCUCGCUGUCGACCCCACAGAGUUUGCUUGUCUCAAGGCAAUUGUGCUCUUCAAGCCAGAGACACGAGGUUUAAAGGAUCCAGAACAAGUGGAGAACCUCCAGGACCAGUCUCAAGUCAUGCUGGGUCAACACAUCCGCUCUCACUACCCCAGCCAGCCUGCAAGGUUUGGAAAGCUGCUCCUCCUUCUUCCCUCCCUGCGUUUUGUGAACUCGGAGCGGAUUGAGCUGCUGUUCUUCCACAGGACCAUUGGAAACACUCCCAUGGAGAAGCUCCUAUGUGACAUGUUCAAAAAUUAAUUAACCCCCACUGGGAUCUCAGGAGGUCGUUUCAAAACCUCUCUGAUUGGACUGAAAAAUAGUUUUUUCCUUCUGUAAACAUAUCAGAUAAUCUGCAUGCUGUUACUUUCCCUUUAUGGUUCCCUUGUUGCUUCCAUGUUGGAUCAUUCUGGGUGUUAAAAAGUCAGAUCAGUUCAUCAGUUUAUAUUAUAAUUAGAUGCUGAUUUGUUCCCGAAAAGAUCCACUUUCAUCACCAGCUUCUUGUUUUUUGUAAAGAUGUGACCCAGAUCUGUGUUUGUUUAUAGAGGGAUUGUUUAUAUGUUCUUUCAUUAA